CGCAGCUCUGAAUGAACGUGAAGGCGGCAAUUCGCAGGCUGCCAGGCCUCUCGAGGUGCGGCACAUUCGCUGUGUGGCAAAAUGCAUCCACAUCAAGGGCAGCUGGUGAGUUACACAGGAUGCAGCCAGAUCUGGGCAUCUGCAUUCAUCGAACAUGCUCUCUGGUGUGGAUCUGUUGUUCUGCAGAUGCCCAUACUCCGAGUGGCUCAUCGUCGCUGACUCACGUGGCAUCGGAUGAUGGCAAGGCGCAGAUGGUCGAUGUGUCGGUACCCAAUGCUCACACACAAAUUGCCGGAACACAGAGCAUGGCACGGCCUAUCUGUUCGCUGGUGUGUGUGUGUCUGAUGUGUGUGUGUGUGUGUGUGUGUUGCAGGGCAAGGUGCCGACACGGCGCACCGCCAUUGCAGGGUCCCGUGUGCUGCUGGGCCAGGAGGUGUUCCGGCUUGUGCAGGAAAACCUCAUAAAGAAAGGCAAGCUGAGCUGAUAGACCACUCCCUCCUCCCUUCCAGCCAGUGAGUGCCGCCGUGCCGUAUGUGUGUGUAAGUAUGUUGGUUACGUCGCUUGCAGGCGAUGUGCUGACCACUGCCAAACUGGCCGGCAUCAUGGGCAGCAAGAGGACCGCCGACCUGGUCAGCCAGCCUCCCAAACCAUGAGCGGUGCUGUGCUGAAUUCUGCAUUAAUUCUCUUGGUUGGUGUGUGCGGUGCAGAUCCCCCUGUGCCACCCUCUCUCUCUAUCUCACGUCGAUGUGUCCCUCACACUCGAUGCCAAUGACCAUGCAGUGGACAUCCGGGCUGAGGCCACCACUGUGCAUACGACUGGCGUCGGUAAGUGAGCUGAGCUGGAAGGAAGGCACACAGACGACACACCAGGCAUUAACUGCAUUGCGUGUUCUCUUCUGGCAGAGAUGGAAGCACUGACUGCUGCCUCGGUGGCGGCUCUCACUGGUGAGCUCCCCACAUGGGCAACCGAUGCAUCUGUCUGUCUAUCCCUGUGUCUGUCUGAAUGGUUCAUGCCAUGCAGUCUAUGAUAUGUGCAAGUCGGCGUCCAAGGCCCUCGUCAUCACUCAUGUCCGCCUCCUCGAGAAGACAGGAGGCAAAAGCGGACACUUUAUUGCGGGGCGAGAGCCGGGAUGAGAUGAGUGUGUGUAGGGCUGGCUGCCCUUUCGUGUAGUCAGUGAGUGCAUGGCAGGCAGACUGCGAAAGGGCUGGCUGGGUUGCGACAGACAGCAAUGCGAUC